AUGUCGUGGAAAAAGUCGACCGAGCUCAUGGACACGAUUCGCCAUUAUGCAAACUUCCCUGCUACCGGCGUGAGUCUGCGCCAGAUGGUCCAGUUCGGCGAGAGGCCGUCCGUCGGCACCCUAUUCCGAGCCUCCCAAUUCAUGUCCGAAGAGCUGCCUAUACGUUUGGCACAUCGCGUCCAGGAACUCCAAGAGCUGCCCGACGGCCUGGGCGACAUGCCCUCGAUUGGCCGAGUACGAGACUGGUAUGCCCAGUCCUUUGAGGAAAUCACCACUCUUCCGAAGCCAACCCUCUCGUCCGAGAUCCGCGAACGUCUCUUGAAACCGCAAAACGGCAAGAACUCACGCAUCUUGAGCGAGGCCACCAGAAACCCCAGCGUCCACCAGGGCCAGUACCGCUCUCAGCUCCACCACAACAACGACAAUGCCGAGAGGAAGAAUUCCCUCAAACGUUAUUACAGCGCCGGUGACGACACGAAUGAAUGGCCGCCAGAGUUGAACGACUACAACACUCGGUUUUCAAAAACACUCGAGAAGAUCAAGCGCCGUCACGAUAGUGUCGUGACCACUGUCGCACAAGGCAUUCUCGAGUACAAGCGCAAGCGUCAACGAAUGCAGAUUGAUCAUAAUAUCCAGGCUUUCCUCGACCGCUUCUACAUGUCCCGUAUCGGUAUCCGCAUGCUCAUCGGACAACACAUCGCUUUGACCGAUCAAAGAGCUCAUUCGGACCCGAACUAUGUCGGAAUAAUUUGUACAAAGACAAACGUGCGUGAUUUGGCUCAAGAAGCCAUCGAGAACGCACGUUUCGUCUGCGAGGACCACUACGGUCUUUUCGAUGCGCCCAAGGUCCAGCUCGUCUGCAACCCCGAUCUCAACUUCAUGUACGUUCCAGGCCAUCUGUCGCACAUGCUUUUCGAGACCCUCAAAAACUCUCUCCGUGCCGUCGUCGAGACCCACGGUCAAGACAAGGAAGACUUCCCUGUCACAAAAGUCGUCGUGGCAGAAGGAAAAGAAGACAUCACUAUCAAGAUCUCAGACGAAGGCGGCGGUAUCCCAAGAAGCGCCAUUCCACUCGUCUGGACCUACAUGUACACCACUGUCGACCAAACGCCUACUCUUGACCCUGAUUUUAACAAGAGCGACUUCAAAGCUCCGAUGGCAGGUUUCGGUUAUGGACUGCCCAUCUCGAGGUUAUACGCUCGGUACUUUGGUGGAGAUCUGAAGCUGAUCAGUAUGGAAGGCUACGGUACUGACGUAUAUCUCCACCUAAAUCGCCUGUCUUCCUCUUCGGAGCCACUCCAGUGA